GGAACAACCCGUGAGAACCAUUCUAGCCAGCAAGUUGUACAGUCAUGCCCCCCAACCGCGAGCCGUUGGCCCGCUCAGGAGCACUCGAUGACCUGGAAUGGCGUGAUUUGACACCCGUGAUCGGAAGGGAGUUCCCCAAAGCACAACUCAAGGACAUCAUGACUAGCGACGCAAUGCUCCGCGACCUCGCUAUCAAUGUCUCGGAGAGAAAUGUGGUGUUUUUCCGGAAUCAGACGAUCAACGCCAGCGACAUGAAAAUAAUCGCUCAAAAACUCGGGGAACUAACAGGGAAGCCCCCGACGUCCAAGGUGAGUGAGUGUGCCUGUCACCAACUGCUCAUUUUCAACCCCAGUUGCACUAAGCGCGAACAGUUGCACCGCCAUACCCUCUCCAACAGCAAGAGGGGCGACGAGACAGACGAAGGCACCGUGGACGACGAGGUUACCGUCAUCUCCAACAAGACCGGAGCCGAGUUCUUCCACGAAGAGCCGGAUCGUCUUGCUAGCGAGGGCUGGCAUUCGGACAUUAGCACGGAAAGGAUCCCUUCCGACUAUGCCAUAUUCAAAAUGCGCAAGCUUCCCAAUGAUUCGGGUGCAGGGGGCGACACCCUGUGGGCGUCGGGGUAUGAGGCCUUUGACCGUCUCUCAAAGCCUUUGAAGCGUCUCGCCGAGGGCCUGACAGCUACGCAUUUCGACGACGUUUUAUGCGACAUCGGCCGCAAGACCCCAGAGAAGAUGUUAUCAGAGAACAGAGGAUCCCCUGAGAACCAUGGUCUGGACUUUGAGGUGUCCCACCCCGUUGUCAGAACGAAUCCAGUAACGAACUGGAAGUCACUUUAUGGGGCUUGUGGACAGAUCGCACCUGGCAAGAUCGAUGGAGUUCCCAGCCGCGAAAGCGAUAUGUUGAAGCAAUUCUUUCUCGACCUCAUUGCCAUGAAUCACGACCUCCAAGUUCGGUGGCGUUGGUCCGAGAAUGAUGUGGCUAUUUGGGACAAUGAUUACUGCGGCUUGCGGUUGGCACAGAGGGUCGCCUCUGUUGGAGAGAAACCCUACUAUGACCCAUCGUCUGUCUCGCGUAGGGAACAUCUCAGACGACAAUCCGAGGCAGAGAAAACAAAGGUUUGA